ACGUAUUAAUUAAAAAUUUGUCCGUGUAUUAACUGUGUUAUACCAUUUUACAUCAUCGAUUGUAAAAGAUAUAAAAUCUGACAUCGUUAAUUAAUAAAAGCAACAAAGGCAUUUUUAUGUUUCGUCCUAUUGAAAAACGAAUUGAAAAAUCUAUGAUAUCUUGACGUAUUUUGUAUUAUAUCAUUGACCCUACGUGAUCCUGAAUUGAAAAAAAUUAUCUCUCUUCACAAUGAUAAAUAGCCUGCUACAAUUAUGUGUUAUUCCCACCGCAUAUCACGAUAAAAACUUCGGCCUCCGAACUGUGAAUAACUUCACUGAGAUGGCAGCGUAGCUCGAUCUCAAAAAUAAGUCAAUUACAUUGUUGUAGCUGCUGUGUACAUAAGUAAGCGUAAAGUGCAGUGAGCAUAGUACGCACUAUAGUUAUAGAUAAUCGACGAGAGUAAAGUAACAGAAGGAUCGAUAUUAAUAAGGAUGUUAAGGAAAGGAAAUCUUUUUAUAAGAAAUUUACGCCAUACUACAAGAACGUUUCACGAUGAAGCUAUCGUCAUCGGUAGUGAACAAGACACCAAGUCACCGGAGUAUCAGGAUUCCACUUUUGAUCGAUAUUACCCUAUCACUCUGGAAGAGAUGUAAAAAUUAUCGCGAUAUUAAUUGCACGGACAGAUUAUUUUAUCUCUUGAGUGAGAUAAAUUGGUAUCGUUUAUUUAAAUACAUUCGCAGCGUGAUGGACGACUGCGCAACUGACUCACGAUGAUGUAUGGCGCGUAAUACAAACGUUACGAAUAUUGCGCGCGCCUUUUUUUCAUAAUUUAUUAAAAACAGACAAUUAUGUACAAAUGAAGUGUAUGGUAGAUAGACUAAAAGAGACAGUCGAAAAGGUUGUAGAGGGCGGGGGACGAAAGGCGAGAGAAAGACACCUAAAAAAGGGGAAACUUUUACCACGAGCACGAAUUAACACGCUUCUCGAUCCGACAUCUCCUUUUCUCGAAUUUUCUCAGUUAGCUGGUUACGAACUGUACGAUAACGAGGAAGUACCAGCUGGUGGAAUUAUUACUGGCAUCGGCAGGGUAGAAGGCACUGAAUGCGUAAUAGUUGCAAAUGAUCCGACCGUGAAAGGGGGCACGUACUAUCCAAUCACGGUGAAAAAGCACUUGAGAGCUCAAGAAAUUGCGGAAGAGAAUCAUUUGCCAUGCAUAUAUUUAGUGGACAGUGGUGGCGCAAAUUUAUCUAGACAAGCCGAGGUAUUUCCGGAUAAAAUGCAUUUCGGAAGAAGCUUCUACAAUCAGGCUAUCCUAAGUUCGAAGGGGAUCGCGCAAAUUGCAGUAGUAAUGGGAAGUUGCACAGCAGGAGGCGCAUACUUGCCAGCUAUGGCCGAUGAAAACAUAAUCGUUGGCAAUCAAGGUACUAUCUUCUUGGCUGGUCCGCCUUUAGUGAAAGCUUCUACUGGCGAAGAUGUUACUCCGGAGGAGUUGGGCGGCGCGACGGUUCAUUGUCGAAUCUCUGGAGUCACCGACCAUUAUGCCAUGGAUGAUACUCACGCCUUGUACUUGGCUCGUCAGAUUGUGAAAGACUUAAAUAGACAAAGACCGAUGCACGUAAACUUGGACAAACAGGUAGACGUACCACUGUAUUCUGUCGAUGAAAUUUAUGGUAUAGUUGGCGUAAACUUGAAGCGUCCGUACGAUGUCAGAGAAGUGAUCGCGAGGAUCGUGGAUGGAUCGAGAUUUCGCGAGUUUAAGGCGCAGUACGGGGAAACGUUGGUUACCGGCUUCGCGAAAAUUUACGGUUACCCCGUGGGAAUAGUUGCGAAUAAUGGCAUACUGUUUUCGCAGGCCGCGUUAAAAGCCACACAUUUCGUGCAGCUCUGCGCUCAGAGAAAGAUACCGCUUAUUUUCUUGCAGAAUAUUACAGGGUUUAUGGUGGGCAAGGAUGCUGAGGCCGAGGGUAUUGCUAAAAAUGGAGCAAAAAUGGUGAACGCCGUGGCUUGCGCUCAAGUGCCCAAAAUUACGGUGGUGAUCGGUGGUUCGUACGGAGCAGGAAAUUACGGUAUGUGUGGUAGAUCUUAUUCGCCAAGAUUUCUCUAUACCUGGCCGAAUGCAAAAAUAUCCGUGAUGGGAGGGGCACAGGCUGCGAAUGUAAUAGCGCAGAUUACCAAGCAGCAAUGUAUUCGCGAUGGGAAAGAGUGGACCGCGGAAGAGGAGGAGCAGCUGAAAGGACCGAUCAUGGAGAAAUUCGAAAGGGAGAGCAGUCCGUACUAUGCUAGUGCCAGACUUUGGGACGACGGCGUGAUCAAUCCGACCGACACUAGAGUGGUAUUAGGUCUUAGUCUAUCGGCAGCGCUGAAUGCACCCAUACCAGAAACUAAAUUUGGAAUUUUCCGAAUGUAAGGUUCGUGUUCAACGAUGCAACCGGCGACCUGCAAUUAUGAAAGUAUGAACCGAUGUUUGUAGCCUUCCUAACAAAAUUUUAGGCCAAAGAUAUAUAUUUUUUAUACAAAGUUAUCAUGUAUACAUGAUCAUUAAACAUUCCACACAUAUAUAUAUAUACAUACACACACAUAUAUAUAUAUAUAUAUAAGUAUA